GGUAAGAAGAUGUCCAGCGAGCAAAUGCAGAGACAACACAAGACACUGACCUCGUGAGAAGUCAACAAAACACUAAGGGUCGUACAUUUGGUGUAUUUAAAUAUUCGUGUGAUAUAAUUAAGAACAAGUACCUUCAUAAUUUGCAGUUCGUCUUUCUCUUUCGUAGGCUCACCACUCUUCUCGUCUUCCGCCAUCUUUGCGUUAGCUAACGGCAGCAACCAGCAACAGCCUAGUACCGGAAGGAGCAGCCACUGCAGUGGAUCAACAUGCACAAAGUUACGAGAUGAGUAUUACAUUUAAGAUUAUAAUGUUAUUAUGGUGACAGAAAACAUGUCUUAACUACAAUAGCACGAAUGCAAUGUUUUUUAGCACAGAGGAAACUGACUUUUAAUUUCAGAGACGCCGGAAGUUGGAGUGGUCCGUAGCCAAAAUGAAUCCGACAAAGAACCUCUUCACAAGUGAACAGAUAUUUUUCAUUGACUCAUUUUUCGUUGCUAAAAUACAGCUUUCAGUACAGGCCGAUUAAUGUAUGAUCAUUUAUCUAUUUCAGAUUAUGUAACUAGCAGGAUUGUUCGUCAUCAGCAGUCAGCCGGAACGUUUCUCACGCAAGUUGCUGGUCCGACACUUUUUCGCCUUGGACCAUACAUGUUUCGCUCCCAACAAAGCUGACCGUGUUCAACUUUUGUCAAAGUACUGUUCAGUGUAACCGGUGUUGGUGUUGGUAACUUAUUGCUGUUGAUUCCAGUUCGUCAUGUCGGACACGUGGAGCAACAUUCAGGCGCACAAGAAGCAGCUGGACUCUCUGCGGGAGAGGCUGCAGCGGCGGCGGAAAGACCCAGCACAACAGUCCUCUGAGGGGGGAAGCAGUACAGAGGGUUCCACAGCCAGGAGUGACAGCCCGGCUCCGUCAGCUCCGCUCCCCCUUCAGGAGGAGACAGAAAAACCACCAGACCCCGAACUAGAGAAGAGGCUGCUGGGGUAUCUCUCUGAUCUGAGUCUUUCAAUGCCAACGGACUCCCUUGCCAUCACAAGUGAACUCAGUUCUGAGACAGCUGUCAGUCAUGGAUGCAUCCAGAGUCUGCUGCUAAAAUUCUCUGCUCAGGAACUCAUCGAGGUCCGGCAGCCCACAUCAGCCUCUUCUUCUACUACUUCCCCCUCAAUCGUGGUAGCAGUGGACCACACAAAACUAUGGGCCAUGAUUGGUUCUGUGGCUGGAGCCCAACGGGUUGGAGUCAAGAGAAAAGCAGAAGAUCAAACCCACCACAAAAGAGCUCCAGGCUUCUCACCCUCACUUCAGAGCCCUGCUUCUCCUCCGCACUCUUCCUUCACCUCUGUGACGCCGGCUUCCUCCUCACAGCUGGCAGGGCCUUCAGCAUCGGGGAGCGGGGCUGAUAAGAAGGGAAAGAGCAGUAAAAGCCAGUCGUCCCAUUUGGACAUGGAGAUAGAGAGCCUCCUGAACCAACAGUCCACUAAAGAGCAGCAGAGCAAGAAGGUGAGCAGAGAGAUUCUGGAGCUGCUUAAUGCCAGCACAGCUAAGGAACAGUCCAUCGUGGAAAAGUUCCGGUCUCGCGGCCGAGCUCAGGUCCAAGAGUUCUGCGACCACGGGACCAAAGAGGAGUGUGUGCGCUCUGGGGACACACCACUGCCGUGCACCAAGUUACACUUCCGUCGCAUCAUUAACAAGCACACGGACGAGAGCCUCGGUGACUGCUCCUUCCUUAACACGUGUUUCCACAUGGACACCUGCAAAUACGUCCACUAUGAGAUCGACAGCCCUCCAGAGGCUGAGGGGGGCCUGCUGGGGCCCCAGGCCGGGACCACAGAGCUCGGCCUCUGUGCGGGGGACGCCGACAGCAACGUGGGCAAACUGUUCCCCUCACAGUGGAUCUGCUGCGAUAUCCGCUACUUGGACGUGUCCAUCCUCGGUAAGUUUGCGGUGGUGAUGGCCGACCCUCCGUGGGACAUCCACAUGGAGCUACCCUAUGGUACACUGACUGACGACGAGAUGAGAAAACUCAACAUCCCCAUCCUGCAAGAUGACGGCUUCCUCUUCCUCUGGGUCACCGGAAGGGCUAUGGAGUUGGGCAGAGAGUGUCUCAGUCUUUGGGGCUAUGAUCGAGUUGAUGAAAUAAUUUGGGUGAAAACAAACCAGCUUCAAAGAAUCAUCCGCACAGGAAGGACAGGCCAUUGGCUGAACCACGGGAAGGAGCACUGUCUGGUGGGUGUAAAGGGAAACCCUCAGGGAUUCAACCGAGGUUUGGACUGCGACGUCAUUGUGGCUGAGGUCCGCUCCACCAGUCACAAACCAGAUGAGAUCUACGGCAUGAUAGAGAGACUCUCGCCCGGCACCAGGAAAAUUGAGCUUUUCGGUCGACCCCACAACGUCCAGCCCAACUGGGUAACUCUUGGAAACCAGCUUGAUGGCAUUCAUCUCUUGGAUCCUGAUGUCGUGGCUCGAUUUAAGAAUCGUUAUCCAGACGGCGUCAUCUCUAAACCCAAAAACAUGCAGUGAUGACAGUGGUCGCAGGUUUGGAAGAAGUUUAUCAAUAGUUUUUUUUUUUUUUUUAUCCGUGAACAACUUUCUCUAAUAAAUGUUGUCAACAAGA